CGUGUGUGUGUGCGUGUGUGUGUGUGUGCGCGUGUGUGGGAAGGAGACGUUACGGGGAAAGAGAGCGACACUCUGCUGUGGAGGACGACUAGGCGAUCAGAAAACACCGCGCGCAGGACACUCGGCUCCUCCCGGGGAACGCGUUCUGGUUCUGGACCUGGAUGCUCUGCGUGUCUCGGAUCUACCGUCUGUUCAUUGUUUGUUGGUGACGUCGGGGGAGAAGCGACCGAGAAGCAGCAAUAACAUGGUGCUCGUUAUGGAUUAACGCCCGAGUGCAUCUCCAUCCGAGAGGUUCCCAAUGUUGAACAUGACAACUCCCAGCGAGCUGAAGUCUCCCUGCGUGACUCGCAACGGUAUGGUGAAGUUGCCCCCCAGCCAGCCUAACGGUCUAGGCAGCGCAAGUAUCACAAAGGGGACACCUGCUGCCAAGAACCGUCUGUGCCAGUCCUCCUCGGUACCCUCCAUCCUGCCUCCUCCACCGACCACCCUUCCCUAUCACCACCACCAUCACCUGGAAGGCCCUGGCAUGCCCAACUCCGCAGCCUCUCUCUUGGCCUCUGACAUGGAGCCUGGAAAUCCUCUUGUGGGCUUGAAAGCGUCCCUUCGUCAGCUUCCCCCUCUCUGUCUCCCCAAGCCCAUCCUGCUGGAACGUCAGCUUGUCCUAGAUGAGAAGCUGCUCAACCGGUUGCUAUGGUACUUCACUACAGCUGAAAAAUGUGUGCUGGCGCAGGUAUGCAAGACAUGGCGCAAAGUGCUGUACCAGCCCAAGUUCUGGGAGGGCGUGACACCUAUCUUGCACGCCAAGGAGCUAUAUACCCUUCUGCCCAAUGGGGAGAAGGAGUUUGUCAGUCUGCAGGCCUUUGCUUUGCGUGGAUUCCAGUCCUUCUGCCUAGUGGGUGUGUCGGACCUGGACAUUUGUGAGUUCAUUGACAACUACCCGCUGUCCAAGAAAGGUGUUCGUUCAGUCAGUCUCAAGAGGUCUACCAUCACAGAUGCCGGUUUGGAGGUCAUGUUGGAGCAAAUGCAGGGCCUGAUGCACCUUGAGCUGUCAGGCUGCAACGACUUCACCGAGGCGGGCCUGUGGUCCAGUCUGAAUGCCCGGCUAACUUCCCUCAGUGUCAGUGACUGCAUCAAUGUCGCGGAUGAUGCCAUUGCUGCUAUCUCCCAACUCUUGCCUAACCUGUCAGAGUUGAGUCUGCAGGCCUACCACGUCACUGAUACGGCCAUGGCCUACUUCACAGCCAAACAGGGCUACACUACCCACACUCUGCGGCUCCACUCCUGCUGGGAAAUCACCAAUCACGGCGUGGUCAACAUGGUGCACAGCCUACCUAACCUAACUUCCCUCAGCCUCUCUGGCUGCUCCAAGAUCACGGACGACGGUGUGGAGCUGGUUGCUGAGAAUCUGCGUAAGCUCCGCAGUCUGGACUUGUCCUGGUGCCCUCGGAUCACAGACAUGGCCCUGGAGUACAUUGCCUGUGACCUUCAUAAACUGGAAGAACUGGUGUUGGACAGGUGUGUGCGGAUCACGGAUACCGGGUUGGGCUACUUGUCCACCAUGUCAUCCUUAAGGAGCCUGUAUCUGCGCUGGUGCUGUCAGGUGCAGGACUUUGGUCUCCAGCACUUGUUUGGAAUGAGGAGUCUUCGUCUACUGUCUCUUGCAGGUUGCCCCCUGCUGACCACCACCAGUCUGUCAGGCCUCAUCCAGCUGCAGGAGCUGGAGGAACUGGAGCUCACCAAUUGCCCCGGAGCCACCGCCGAGCUCUUCAAAUAUUACACCCAGCACUUGCCCCACUGCAUGGUCAUCGAGUAAGACGACUGACCCACCAACCACCAUACUUUUACCUUCCUCUUCUUUCCUCUUCCUCACUCCUUUCUCUAACGAGUGACCAACCUCAUUACCGGCCCCCGUCCUCGCCCGUCUUCCUCCACACCCCCUUGAGCAGACUGACCCGUAGGCGGACAGAGAGGCAGGAAGGGCAGAUGAUGGUACAGACCCCGAGGAUGAUGGCAUUGCAUCUGAGCUUCACUCAAGAAGAUGCUGGUGUGAGGAGCUUGGUGUGACGUCUUGUCUGACAGCAAGUCUCUUUCAGAACCAACUAAGGAGUUUUUGUUUACAGAGGAGGGCUUCUCAAAAGACUUUUGCUGAAUGGACACUAAAGGGAGCGACACAUCCAGCACGGAGGAAUCUGUGAAAGGGAAAUAAAGACUUGGGUUGGAGCUGAUACGGUGGAACACAUGAGCUCAUACACCGCAAACACACACACAUACUGUAAAUGGUCCUCACAACCUUGAGGACUUACAUUUACUAUUAACAUCCCGGUGUAAUAUAACUGCUGACAUUUCUUUCUUAGAAGGUGUUAAACGUUUAGUUUUCUCUUGUUUAGAGAGGUACCAUAAUGCCAGCCGGAGAAACUGGACUCAGGGAGGAAGAGGAUGACAGGGAUCUCUCUUCCUUUCUUCUCCCUUUCUCCAUGUGUAAAGUGUGCGCCGUGGACUCGCAGCUUACCGCCUUUGGGUUCCACCACCCUUUUCCAUUUCCGUGUCAAUACAACAAAGGAGAAGAUCUCAGAUUAUCAGUUUACAGUUUUGUUGUGUGUAAAAGUCAGUUGGCUCAUUACUUUCCUCCCUCUCCUCUUUGGAUUUCUGCAUACGUACUACUUCAUUUACACAUCUGGAAGACGAGCUGUGGUAAACUGUGAAUGUUGUGUUUUCAAAGGGGAAAUGUGUGGCAAAGGCUGUGGAAUGUGGAAAAAGAAGCAUCUAACUUUUUACACAAAUGGGUAAAAAAAGGGACAGCGAUGCUAUUUCUAACUUCAGUUAGCAUGUUGGUCCAAAGUACAAUAACCCUCUUUAUUCCUCUUCUCUUCUAAAUACGAUAGAGAGACACAAUGUCUAGUCGUGGUCCUGAGGCUGCCGAUGCGUUGUGUGACCCGUUGGCUAACAUCACAUUCCUUCUCCCAUAAAAGGGGAUUUCAGUAUUUCAGAGUCCACUUCAGGCCGGAGACAGCAGCAACUUCAUGGUUAUAUUGCUGCCGUUUUUCACAAAGUUUUCAGGAAUUUCAGAAAUGUUCCUCCAAACCCAGAGUCACAGACAUUUAUGAAUGACCUUUUCUACCGUUUGUCAAUCACGUUCGGCCCAGCUUGAGUGAAUCUUGUUGCAGCUCAGCUUGUCCCCCUGCACAAUAUCACCCACUAACAGAAUGAAACUGAUGAGCAGAGAUCCAACGAUACAACUGUGGUUUGUUGGAGGUAAACCUGUUGGAGGUCCUGCAGGUUGGAGAAGCACGGCGUGCUGCACAAAGGCUUCUUAGCACAGACCAUGAAACAUUAGGCGGGACAUUUUUAGCUUUGAGCUUAAUUCUUUUGAGGUGAGACGUUCAAGAAGCUCUCAGAAACGACAGCAGCAGCUGCUUAAACUUUUAGCCUGCUCACAAAACUCGCUUCAUUCAAACCCUACGGGAAGUACAUCAUAACCGCCUUUGUUCGGCCAAAAAUCACACACUUUUUUGUAUAUUUGGCCUAUAAUUGACAUUUUACAAUCAUCAUUUACAUCCUAUAUUUCUAAAAUCACUGCAAACUGGGAGAGUUUAUAGAAGCUGAAAACUGCAAAUUGCCACUCUUUGGCAGUUUAAAAGUGUUGAACGUUAUUUAAAACACUAAGCGUGAUAUUUUUACUUCUUAACCAGCCGUGUGUGGAGGAGCGGAACAGACAGGCGACACAAACACCGGGUCGCCUGUUGUGCUGUUGUUUUUAGGGUUUUCACUGUGGAAUCCCCUCAUGUGGUGAUGAUGGUGAUCUGAAUGUAAACGGAGAGGACCACACAGACCAGCAGGUCAGUCCUCUCUGCCUGCGUGCUUCAUCCAGAGCCACGGCAACGAGGAUAUCUAUAUCUAUAGAUAUAGAUAUAUGUAUGUCCGUAGCAUGCAGACAUGUUUUGAGUUGGUAGAGAAAUGCUGGAGACAAGUACACGAUUAAAAACAACCAAAGAGCUAAUGGAACAACGACCAGACGUCGGAGAGAGAACCUACUAAGUUGCAUUGUUGUUGAACUAAGUAAUACGGACUGUAUCAAAAGGAAAACUCUGAUAUGACAUUUUAAAGAACUUGCUCAAAAUUCCUCAAAAAAAAGUUUAACCCAUCCUCGUGCAAUUAUUGUGCUUAGCAUUUGGGCUUAUUGUAGUAGUUAAUCAGUCCAAUAAUCGAAUAUGAAACGUGUAUAUCAGGGGUCUUUAGUUUAGUCAAUGACACAAAAUGAGUCCCUUGGGAGAAGACGUUGGGCGGAUGUUAUCCUGUUGUAAUGCAGCAUAGACGUACACCUCAAACCUACAUCUCAAUGAGCAUUUGACCAAUCAGCUUUAUCGCUGCAGCGCAAGUCUUUGGUUUUAUUAGCAAUGAUGGCACUGGAGCCAUAAAACAAAGUGCAAUCAGAUGAUCAGCUGUUUCCAUUCACAUAUUGUACAGACUGUAGACGGCCAAGCCAACUUUGGUUUGGCUUCUGGUUCACAAGCAAAUUUGUUUGCAACAUUUGAAAAAUGUGCUUAAAACUGGGACACUCGGAUGAAACCAACCAGGUUGAAACAGGUUUGUCAAACUCAUUUAGAACAUAAGGUGAAGGUGAAAGCUACAACUCAAGUUGUGAUGAAUCCUAUUUUCUUUGAGACCUUUGAUCCAUAGACUGACCUAAGCUCCAGUAAGUUUAGGAUUCAACAUGCCGUUAUUUUGCUGAAAUGAUAGAAAAAGGCAUCAUGAAGGUGUAUGACUCUGGGUACGAAGGAGAAAUAGUCAAGCUUCCCAAAAACCAAAGUAUUUAUAUGAUAUGAAAAUGGGUUUCUGGUGUUGGAAAGGAGACACAAUAACCAUAAAGCCAGUACUCGUGUCUUUCCAGCCAUCACCUUAUAUUGAAAUAAUGUUGUCCCAACAGUGAGCCAGCGUGCUGCUCGACCUGCUGACUGCCAACUGAAGGAAUGGGACCAGUGCAGCCAGUAUUAUGUCGGCCAAUAGCAUCUGCAGCAGCGCGUCACAUGGCCGAUCGGCGAGGCAGACCGCGCAUGUUUUAACUGGUCUGUGUUUCCUUAGGGCUCAUUGUAGAGGUCGCUCAGAGUCUCUCCAUUGUACAUAAGUAUAUUUAUUUAUUUAUUUAAAUUAAUUUGUGUCUUCUUCACGUGGUUUAUUUAUUUAAGAGACAUUCUUCAAAGCCUUUUCUUUUAUGGAACUUGCUUCAAAUAUGGGCCUGAAUUAGAGUACGCAUUGAUUGCUGGUUUAGUUUUUUUCAUUAUUAUUUACUGACAUUUCAGACGCCAAAAUGAAAUGAUGUACUGAUUUCACAUAUAACAUAUGUCAUCGUCUAACUCAUUAGAUACCAGUGAGAAGGAACAUAAUGCACAAAACUGUAUUUUCUUCUGUGCUUGUGAGUAUCCGUCAUAAAGAAUAAGAGGGCAAACAAACAGGUUCUGGUUACUGUCAUUGUGCUGACUGGGCAAAUACACAUUAUAAUACACAUUAAAGCAUUCGAAGUGUGACAUUGGCCUCUGGUAUUGCUAAGCAAUGUCUACUAACAAGACAAUGGGAAAUAUCUCAGAGGAUGAGGGACUAUGGAAGCUCCUUUCUGACAAAAUGACUGAACAGAAAAUCUAAUAAGCAUCCAAUUUGAAACAGUUGUGAGCAUUUAGCAUUUAGCUAUGUGUGUGGGUGUGGGAGACCUUUUUACAACUUCACACUAUGACGCUCCAGCCAACCCUCCACGUUAGCUUUGGACCUACAUGCAUAGUGUGUUACGUAACUGCCAUUAGCCAAGUCGUACAAGUUGACCUGGUUCCAUUGCGUUUAGUUUGGCCAACUUCUCAUUAUCAUUGAUAUGUUGCUUUGGGUGCAAUUGCACUAAGUUCAUCAACAAAUUGAGUUAAAUCAACAACUGUUUACCUAAUCACAAUUUGAGUUACAGUGCCAGAUCAACAAACAACAUUUUUGCAAUUCUAAAUAUGACUAGUAUGGCUAAUUGGUCCGAGGCAGCCAAAGAGGAUGAUUAUGAGCUGUCACUCUCAAACCACGACUCACAAUUUGAUCACUGAUGCUGUUCAGGAUUUUUAUUUUUAAUGAGCUUCCAAGAAAUUCAAAAGAUAUAAUAUGAUGAAGUCUGACAUUGGUUUUCAGCUACUAAUGACUAACAGCAAACCCUCUCUAAAUGGUCGAAGGUCAGUCCUUCCCUUCUACUACUGUCUACAGCCUUUGGUCAACAUCUGUCACCAUUUUGUUACAACCCUUGUACAGCACAACUUCAAGCAGGAAAAUAAAUACUGACAGUUUACUGAUAAUGUUGAAA